UUUUUCAGCGUAUACUUUAUUGAGUUUUGCUGACAUGUACAUCUCUUGUGGCUCUUCAGCAUCGCGCUUGUCAAGGAUGAAAUUCGCAUUGUCCAGGCAUCCCUUCUAGGCUCUAUUUUGGCCAACCUGUUGCUCAUUUUGGGCAUGUGCUUCUUCCUCGGUGGCCUGCGUUUCCGAGAGCAGAUUUACAACAGCACCGUCACGCAGAUGAGUGCUUGUCUGCUUAGCUUGAGUGUUAUCAGUUUGGUGCUUCCUACUGCUUUCCACGCUUCGUUCCAAAACACCUUCAAGGCCGAGGAUGAGACCCUCAAGAUCAGCCGUGGUACCAGUGUGGUCCUUCUGUUGGUGUACAUUUUGUAUCUCCUGUUCCAGUUGAAGUCUCAUGCCUACAUGUACGAGUCUACACCGCAACACAUCGUGGACGCUGAGUCCGCCCCUGGUCCGGCCAUUGGGUUCUUCGACUCUUCCAGUUCUGAGGACAGCUCCGACUCCGAUUCCGAUUCAGACGGCUCCGACAGCUCUGGAGGUACUGUACGCAAGACGAUGAGAAAGGUCAUGCGCGCCGGUAGAAGGCGCAAGUCUAGCGUGGUUUCUGUCAACACUGACGGUCUCCCCCGAACCCGUAAUUCCUCUAUCGGUACAGCUCACGGCUCCGAAGGAUCCGCCAGUCGUCCAGCCAUCCCUCGCUUCAACUCUGUCGGUAGCGAUGAGGCUGUUGAGGAAGACAGGUCUCGCAAGCACAGAAAACAUCGCAGACGUCAUCACAAGCACCAGAAGAAGUCCAAGAAAUCCUCCCGGAACAACCUUGUCGAUGUUGAAGGCCAUGAGCCUUUGACUAGCAACACUCAAGCUGGUGAACCUCGCCGCCUGGACUUUGCCGAUCAGCCUGCUGGUCCCUCAGAGCCAAUCGAUACUACUCAAGCCCCCAAGACUCGCCCGGUGUCUGGCCUUCGCGGGCUGUCGAUUAAGAACUUCGCCCCCGCUGUCUUUACCACGCCCGACGAGACCCCAUCGGCGGGUCCCGCUGCCCCGGCCGGUCCAGUUCCCCGGGUCCGCUUCGGUAUCCGCCGCACCAACUCUUUGCCCGACCGUCUGAACCAGUAUGGAAACGUCCGCGCCCCCGGAGGAGUUUUCCCCGCCCAGAUCCCUGGCGUUGCCACUGUCAAUAGCGGCCUUAGUGCUAAGGACGAGACUGCCGAUAACGAUCACUUGUCCCGCACUGCAGCCGUCCUGCUCCUGCUCUUCUCCACCGCCCUUGUCGCCGUCUGCGCCGAGUUUCUCGUCGACUCCAUUAACGAGGUUGUCAAGACGAGUCCUCUUGGCGAGAUCUUCAUCGGUCUCAUCAUCCUCCCCAUUGUUGGCAACGCAGCAGAGCACGUUACUGCCGUCACUGUCGCUAUGAAGAACAAGAUGGACUUGGCCAUUGGUGUUGCCGUCGGUAGUUCCAUCCAGAUCGCUCUGUUCAUCACGCCCAUUGUCGUCAUCAUCGGUUGGGCCAUGGAUCGCGACAUGUCGUUGUACUUCACACUGUUCGAGACGGUCUGCCUGUUCGUUUCAGCUUUCAUUGUCAACUUCCUGGUACUCGACGGAAGGAGUAACUACCUCGAGGGUGCUUUAUUGUGUGCAACAUACAUCAUUAUCGCUGUGGUUGCCUUCUUCUACCCCAAUUCGGACGAGGCGAGCUCCUUCGGCGCCUAAAACCUUGGAGUUUAAGGUCACAGUAUAGGACAUGGUCCUUUUUGUAUGCGGCUGACCAAAUGGGGAGGAGUGGUUGUUGGUGAAGAACAACUUACGACGCUUCAUGAACUUUUCUUU